AUGAACCGAUUCCUAUUAUUAAUAUUACUUCAUGAUAUUUCUGAUAAUUAUUGAACGCGAUGAUGAAGAGAUUCUGGAUUUUGUAGAGCCAUGGGAUUUUAUUAUUUACUCAAUUUUACUGACUUUAUUACUCUUAUGAACGUACGAUAACUACGGUUCUUCAGAACUACACUUGCCAAGUUCUAGGCCGAUGUGUGGCUUCACUGAGUCUACUCCGACUCAGUAUAUUUGGUAACCAUUCUGGACUGCAAACUCGUAAACGGUCAAACCACAAACAAUGGAGCAGGACGAGGAAUUCAACGAAGUUAUCGAAGCUUUCCAUGGACUCCGGUUUGGAGAGGGUUUCUUGAACAGUGAUUUCGUUAUGGAAUGCUACGAUGCUGGCUUCAGUUUGGGUCAGAUCGACGAAGCCGUGCUGGAGGAUUUACAGUCCUGUAGCAUUGAUGCAUUGUACAAUGUGGUGGAAAAGUUGCACCACGCCCUGGAAAAGCCAACGGCGGAUAACGGCGGAAACAAUCGUCAGAAUCUCCUUGUUGCGCUGGAGCACGCCAAGAUUCCUGUACGGGAAAUACUAGUUGCCGUUGCAGUGUUUUUGCAUCUUGGAGUUAAGGCUAAACGCAACGGCGGAGUUGCCGUGCGCGGUGCUUUGGCCGGCGCUUUUUAUAUUCUUCUCCUGGCCGCCACUAAAGGCCAGAUCCCCGCCGCCCUACACAAGGAGCUCAUGAUCUCCAAAUUGUACUUAUUGAGUCUGUUCUCGAAGAGUGCGGACAUGCUGUGCGUUCCCGGCGGAUGGAAAACAGCGGUUCCGGUGAAAAAAGGGCGCGGGCGGCAAGUUGUGCUUGAGGAGCCCGACGCCGAAGAGGACCAAAUGGAAGUUACCAUGGCGUAUAAUGUAAUGUGGCCGGAUGCCGAGCUGAUGUUGCUGAAGGCAUGGGCAGUUUAUCUGCAGUCCGUGGAUUUGGCUUCUGCACCUUUUCAUAUGGGCCGUUUAGCGCGUUCUCUGGCCAAUGUUUGGGUUCAAGAGUUACCCGGUGAAGAGUUCGUGUUAAAUCCCCGCCCACCUAUAAACACCAGACGAUUGGUCGCCAGCCACUGUUUUUCCCUCUUGGUGUCCGUUCAACUAAAGCGGGAUAUUCGCGAAACAAAUCUGCGCAUGGUGCUAUUCGGACUGUUGCCCGGCUUGUUGUGUUUGGCGGACGAUUUGACUAGCUACAAACCGACAAUUCCACGCAACGUGGACGCUUUUUCUAAACGCGUUACGAAAUUUAUUUGCGAAAUUAUGGCACCGUUCCUCGAGAAUGAUGGCUAUGACCAGACCUUCCUCGGGUUCAUGCAAAAUAUGUUUGCAAACGUGCCGGAUAGCCAAAGUUAUCGGCAGCCGUGUGCUUCGACUUUCGUCCGGUUUCUGGAUGCGCUUAACUUCAAUUUACGGAUCGAGGUGGUACAGUGGGUGGUUAUGGAAUCCGAAGCCGAGCGGAUCAGGAAUCGUAAAUUUGCUUUGGAAGUAAUUUCUGCCAUUUUUUUGAAAGAUUGGCAAAAUUUUGAUAUACCAUACGCUCAAACUGCGACCGUGGAAGCCAUCGUAUGGAAAGUUUGCUGUGACCGAUUGAAAGACAAAUCUGCACAAGUCCGCAAGAUUGCUGCAUCUGUUCUUCAAUCUCUUCCUCUUGAGAAAAACGGCGUUAAGUGGAUGGAACGCUUGCAUACAGCUCAGCAAGAUGAAGGUUCUUUUCGGAAAGUAUUCGAUACGAUUUUGGAUGGCUGCUCUGAUGUCUUCGCCACCCCAAGAAGGACAUGCAUACAACUUUUGGGUAAACUGUUGAGAGCGGACACUGGGGACCAUUUGUUCAGCGAGCGUGUGCGGGAGGUCAUUCUGCGUGCUGCACAGGAUCCAGCUAAAUUAGUCCGCCAGGUCAAUAUGGAAGUUGUAGCUUCGUUGCGCCAUAUCGAUCAGAAUGUUUUUGCUGAUUUAUGGAUUAAAUGCGUUUUCAAUCAAUACAUGGAUGCUGAAAAAAGUAUUCGCGAUGCGACAGUCCGGUCAUUUCUAGCAGUGAUUAUGGAGGAAAUUGUUCAGCCCAUGGAUCCACGAGCUGAGAACGUUAUGGCCUGGAACGUGUUAGGCCGCAUCUGUAAAGACGAAGUUGGAAAUUUGCGGCUGUUGCGGCAAAUGUUAUGCGAUAUGAAGAAAGACGCAGAUGCCGUGGGAUUUGAUGCAAUUAACAAAAACACGAUCAAGUACAUCAAAGCAAAUGUAUUAACAAAGGAUGGCACAGACAAAACCGUACGAGCAACAGCCUGGAAAUUUGUUGCAGAACUAUCAAGACUCAUCAAGGAUGAUCGAAAUGUGGAUUUCGCAUUGGACUUUUUGAAAACUGAGGCAGAUGUGGCUGAGGAGGAUAUGGCUUGUGCUAGUGCAUUCCAGAUUGUGCAUUUUAAUCUCAGCGUCAGUAAGCCUGCUGACCUUCAGCGCUAUGGACAGCACCUUCUGAGCAUUUUUCCUCGAACCCGUGGCGUGGCUUCAAUCGUAGAAGCUGUCCGCUGCAUUCAUUCUUACUAUGAAUUGUGCGAUGACUCCACAGAAUUUACUCCGUGGUCCAAUAAUCAGUUACUGGAGGCUACAGACAGACUGGAUGAAACUUUGCAGCGCUUAACUGACUUGGACGACCCAGAUAAGGAUGCGGGCGCAGCCUUUGACGUCAGAUUGAUCGGAGAGAUUGCUUUACAUGCCGGUUUGUAUCAGAAAGGUCAGACUGCUACCCGUUUCGCAGAACAUGACCCCUUAAAACUGAUUGUGCGGAUGUGUGAUUUUGGGGGACCUCGCUCACGAUAUCGCCCAUGGAUUCGAGCCCAUGCAGUUUUCGCGCUGGGAAGGCUAUGCUUGGGCACCAAGACCAUUGCAUGGAAUAACAUUGCAGCUAUCGUUGAUGUUGCCAACGGACUUAAUAUCGAUAACGGUUUGCGGCGAGACGCCAUUGUUGUGGUGUUUGAUAUCUUAAGAAUGUUCGGGGAUGUUGUCGAGACCCAUCUGGGCAAAGUGUACGGCUGGCUGAGUGACCCCUGCAUCGAAAUUCGCGGUGAUGUUAUUAACCAUAUCCAAACGCUGCUGUUGAACGAACAUUUGCAAUGGAACCCGACGGUAUUUUAUCAGUUCCUGACGUCUACCUGUGACCCGGAUGAAAGCAUUAGGGACAGCGUACGGACUUGCCUGCGUUCUUUGAUUAAGAAACGCAACAAUUGCUACACUGAUUUUGCCGAAGCGGUAGUGUUUCUUCCGCGGUGCAUAACCCAUCCUCGCUUUAAAGCGGCGCAAGUUGCUGAUCGGAACCACGCUAAGUUCCCUUGGUUGGCCGACAGAAUACCGAAAAACGAGUGGAAAUCUAUGCUUUUAUGCUGAAACAGAUGAAUGACCAACAGAAAAGAUUGACAGUUCAUCGUAUUCUGGAACAGAUUUUGGUACCGGUGGUAACAAAAGAAGUAGACAUUGCCCGCCCUGCGAACAGUGCAUAUCGAGAUGUUUUAAUGGACGUAAUGAAAAUACUCGGC